AUGAUAACGAGGAAGAGUGGUAAAAUACUUUAUGAAAAUGAAAUAUCAUUUCAAGGAAAAUACGCACAUUUAAAUAGUCAUACUAAAAUAGUAAUAAUUCCUUUGGCAUUGAUAGGAAUUCUUAAUGCUUAUCCAGAAACUCUUCUUGGUAAUCCGGAUAAACGAGAACAAUAUCGUUUAAAUGAUGAUAUGCUUUUCUUUCAUCGGCAUCCAUCAUUAUUCUCGUAUAUAUUAUUUUAUUAUAUCCAAGGAUUUAUUCAACGACCUAUUAACAUUCCACAAGAUAUAUUUAUUGAAGAAUGUCGUUUUUUUUCUAUACCUAUUAAUUAUGAUGAAGAUGAAAAUUUAAUCUUACGUUAUAAUAAAAUAAAUAUAAAUCAAACAAUAAAAAUAAAAUAUUUUAAUUUAGUUUGUUUUCUAAUAAGUAUUUUAUCUUGUAUAAUAUUAUUUUUUAAUGAUUUAUCAAGAUUAGAUUUUAUUUAUAAUGAAUUUAUUUCAAAUGAACAAAUAAUAUAUAAUUUUAUUUUAUCAAAUUCAAUUUUUAUUUGGAUUGAUAUGUGUUGUACAAUAUGGUUUAUGAUAGAAUUAUAUAUAAGAUUUUUUUAUUAUUCAGAUUACAAUGAAUUAAAUCAAAAUUUUCAAUUAUUUAUUGAUAUUAUUUCAAUUGUACCUGUUAUAUUAUGUUUAUUAAUAAAUAUUUUAUCUCAAUGGUUUUCUUAUGUAAAUUUAUUAUAUCCAUUUUUAAUUUGUUUAAAAUCAUUUCGAAUUCUAAGAUUUACUCGUUAUAUUUCAAAUUUAGAUUUAAUAAGAAAAACAUUAUUUUUAUCAUUAAAUAAUUUAUCAAUAACAUUAACUCUUUGUUGUUUAUUUAUUAUACCAUUUGGAAUAAUUAUUUAUCUUAUAGAAAGAAUUGAUCCAUCUUCAAAUAUUAUUGAUCCAAGUAUAGGUCUUGGUUGGGCUAUUGAAACAUUAACAACAAUUGGUUUUGGUCAAUAUAUUCCACAUACAUAUCAAGGAAGAAUUUUAUCGAUUUUUGCUUGUAUAUUUGGUUUAAUUAUAUUAGCAAUGCCAAUACCGAUUAUAUUUGAAAGAUUUCAGAUUCUUUAUCAAAAUUCAUUGAAAAAAAAUUUAUGGAUUAAAUACUAUUGA